UUACCUGCAAACACAAUUUGCAAAUUCCAGCGCAAUGCGCGGAUUAGAAUACUAAUCCAAGUGAGUCUUGAUAGUUGAAUGGAUUUCCCCGUACUUAGUCGCUUGCCAACCAACCAUUUGUCCAGCCAAAGCACUCUUCCACUGAGUCAUACUUGCUUCAUCACAGAUUUGGGUGGUUUUGAUCUAACUAUACUUUCCUCCCAUUUAUCACGGUGUAUUGAGUCCGGAUAUCAUGAGAAACUUUGAUGGAAAAAAAAAAAAAAACAGAGAGAGAAAGUUUCCAAAUCAUUUGUCCCAAUUUUUUACUCCUACUUGACUCUUUACAGAGAAGCAGAGAUGCACAAAAUCUGUCAAACAUGCUUAAAAGGGAGCAUGGCUCUGUGAUAAUAUGUUAUGGGGAAUGGGGAACUAAGAACCCUGAAGCCCCAUACAUUACACUCGAAGAAGGGGAACAUGAACGGCAUUUUUUACGUUAGUGCAGUGAGCAGCCUUUUGGGGUUAAUCUCUUUUCUCUCGACAGUGAGGGCGAUCGUGGGUGGGUGGUGAUGUGGAAACCAUGUUCAAUGCAGGAGGAAAGCAAAAGCCAAGCAGAGCAGAGCAUGAUCCCCACUUUUGCCAAAGAGAAGAUAUAUAUAUUUAGAGAGAGAGAGAGAGAGGGAGGGAGGAAAGCCGAGGCAACGUCGUCUAUUGGCUGCUGCUAAAGCAGUAAAGCACAGUACAUGAGCCAAGCCAAAACAAUAGCAUGCUCAAUUCCCAAUCCCCAAAGAUCUCGUCUUUUUUACAGACGGAGGACGUGACAACAACUGAAACUGUGCCAUAGUUGGGCGCAUCUGAUGUCUUAGCAAAUGUCUUUGAUUCAGCAUCUUGGUUUUCCCUGCUGGGGCCAUUGAUUGAUUCUUGAAUGAAUCUCGAUGAUACGAACGGAGCCCCCACCGUAGUCCUUCCCUUCCCUCCCCACGUGCGAUCACAUAGCAGCAGAGGGGGAUGGGGUGGCACGCGUGCGAGCCCCCUGCCACACGUUGGCAGAAGAAGAGCAAGCGAUGGUUCAGUUUGAGCUUUAGGAGCAGAGCUCGCUUUUAUUGUACCAUUCAACGGACGACUCCUUCAGACUCUCUCUCUCUCACAGAACAUUUGCGGUCUACUAUCUGUUCCUGCAUCGUCUCGACCUUCUGCUCUGCAUUUCGAUGGACUUCGCGCACCUUGUCUGUCCCAGCUCUGCCCGCACUUGUACUCUUACUUGGGUUCUUGAUCGAAACUUGGCAGAAUGGAAAUCGAUUCUUGGAGUGUCUUGGAGAUAUAUAUCCUUUUGACAAAUCGGGAGAUAUGCUUGCUUUCUUUGUUUCUUAUGAUCGGAAACAGUUCAACUCCUUUUCGAGUGACGUUUUCCUUAAUAAUAUCACGGUCUUUGGCUUUGGAGGAAAUGUGGUUACUAUCCUCCUAAUGGCAGUGCUGGGGAUGUCAAAGACGAACACCCUCGGAAACCGAAGGAUGACCUCUUUGGAGAAAGUCGUUUUGCAAUAUCUUCCUAUCCUUGGAGCGUUUCUCUCACUGUGGGAUGUGAUCAUCCUUCUAAGGAGUAUGCAAUCUGGAGAAGCAAUGAUAUAUCACCUUUGGUUUUUCAGGUGUUCGAGGUUCGCAGUUUGGGUGAUCGUCAUUCUGCUUUCAAGGAGUUCCAGAAGUUCCUUCGUAUUUUUUGACAGGAUCUUAUGUUUCUGGUGGAUUCUAAAGCCAAUCUUGGUGAUCCCUCUUCUGCUAACAAGUUUUACCUUGUCUGGGGUGUUGGUAUGUCUCAAGGAGAGCUGCAUUGUCUUGGUGGAUGUUCUGUUUGGCAUAUCAAUUAACAUUAUCAGAUCAAAAAGAGCAUCUUUCAAGACUGGUUCAAUCGAAGAGUCACUACUUCCUCCUGAUGGCGAUGAAAGUUUUCUGAGGGACCCUGGAGAUGCAGACAGUUUCUGGAAUCAGAUGGUGUUCAAGUCCAUUGAUUUUGUCAUGAAUCGUGGUGUGUUGAAGCAGCUUGAUUUCGAAGAUUUGCUUCCAUUACCAACUGAUAUGAAUCCAUCUUCAUGUCACGAGAAAUUGCAAAGCUGUUGGGAAGCACAGUGGAACCAAAAUGAUUCUGAUCCCUCCUUGUUUAGAUCUCUUUUUCAUGCGUAUGGAUGGGCUUACUUAAGUCUGGGUUUACUGAAGGUUAUAAAUGAUUGUAUCGGGUUUGCUGGACCAUUACUUCUUAAUCGUCUCAUUCGGUUUCUUGAAAGAGGUGGUUCAGGGCAUCUAGAAGGCUAUGUUCUUGCUGUCUCAUUAGGUGGCACAUCUAUCGUAAAGUCCUUCCUUGACACACAAUAUUCAUUUCGCGUGGCCAAGCUGAAGUUAAAGCUCAGAUCCAGUAUUAUGACCGUCAUCUAUCAAAAGUGUCUGAGGGUUGGACUAGCAGAAAGAUCACGGUUUUCUGUUGGAGAAAUUCAGACAUUUAUGUCGGUAGAUGCUGAUCGAACUGUUAACCUCUGCAACAGUUUCCAUGAUAUGUGGAGCUUGCCCUUGCAGAUCGGGGUGGCUCUGUAUCUGCUUUAUACGCAAGUCAAAUUUGCUUUCGUCGCUGGAGUUGCAAUAACUGUGUUACUGAUACCAGUGAAUAAGUGGAUCUCCGAGUUGAUUGCUAGUGCAACCCAAAAGAUGAUGAAGCAAAAGGAUGAGAGGAUUAGGAGGACUGGAGAACUUUUGGCACAUAUUCGUACUCUUAAGAUGUACGGGUGGGAGCUCCUUUUCUCUGAUUGGUUGAUGGAGACUAGAUCUUCGGAAGUAAAGCAUUUGUCGACAAGGAAAUAUUUGGAUGCAUGGUGUGUAUUCUUUUGGGCAACAACUCCGACUCUCUUCUCUCUAUGUACAUUCGGACUCUUUACGCUGAUGGGUCAUCAACUCGAUGCUGCAACGGUCUUCACUUGCCUUGCACUAUUUAACACUCUGAUAUCUCCUCUAAAUUCAUUUCCAUGGGUUAUCAAUGGAUUGAUUGAUGCUUUCAUAUCUAUAAGAAGACUUAGUAGGUUCCUCAGUUGUUCAGAGCACCAAUACCAGCAAUGGAAAUUAGUUGAUUCUCCCUAUAGCUCUGGGAAUGUGGCUGUUGUAAUGGAGGAUGCGUGCUGUGAUUGGUCAAGCAGCAAGUCAGAGGAGCUGAAUAUAAUCAUAAAUCACAUCACUCUAACUCUUCCAAAGGGUCUACUGGUUGCAAUAAUCGGAGAGGUCGGUUCGGGCAAAUCCUCUCUGUUGAAUUCGAUCUUGGGAGAAAUGAGACUCCUCCAUGGAUCUAUUCGUUCUGCCAGAUCAGUUGCAUAUGUACCCCAGGCCCCUUGGAUUCUGUCUGGAACAGUUCGAGAUAAUAUCCUAUUUGGGAACAAUUACGACUCAAAAAGAUACUGCGACACAUUACAAGCAUGUGCAUUGGAUGUUGAUGUUUCUGUUAUGGCGGGAGGUGACAUGGCUCAUAUCGGAGAAAAAGGAGUAAAUCUGUCAGGUGGACAGAGAGCACGAAUUGGUUUAGCAAGGGCUCUUUAUCACAGCGCAGAUAUUUUAAUGCUCGACGACGUCCUCAGUGCAGUGGAUGCCCAAGUUGCUCAGUGGAUCCUUAACAAUGCCAUUCUGGGACCUCUCAUGGACCAGAAAACAUGUCUUCUUUGUACCCACAAUGUUCAGGCAAUAUCUCGCGCUGACAUGGUCGUCGUAAUGGAAAAAGGAGGUGUCAUGUGGGUGGGGCAGCCUGCUGAGUUGGCGAUUUCAGAAUAUUCGGCUUUCUUGACAUUGACCUGGAGUAAUGCGUUGCUUCAAUGUCCAGUGCAAGAAUCCUGUAUGUCUUCUAGUGAGGUCCGAGAAGAAACAGAACUUUUAUCAGCUCUAGAGAUCGCACAAGAGAUAAUUGAAGAGGAGUUGAGGAAAGAAGGCAGGGUGGAACUCAUAGUUUAUAAGAAGUAUGCUGCAUUUGCUGGUUCAUUGAUUGCUUUCGUAAUACUCCUUUCGGCAGUUUCAAUGCAAGCCUCUCGUAAUGGAAGUGACUUAUGGCUCUCUUAUUGGGUUGAUACGACUAAAGGAAGCAGUGAGACAGCGUCCUCUACAACCUUUUAUCUGGUCAUACUCUGCCUCUUCUGUGUGAUGAAUUCGUUCCUUACAUUGGUGAGAGCAUUCUUAUUUGCAUAUGGGGGCUUAAGAGCUGCGGUCAAGGUGCACGCAACGCUCCUUUGCAAGAUCGUAAAUGCUCCGGUAAAGUUCUUUAAUCAGACACCGAGUGGAAGAAUACUUAACAGGUUCUCCUCGGACUUGUACACUAUUGAUGAUUCUCUCCCGUUUAUUCUGAAUAUCCUCCUCGCAAAUUUUGUUGGUCUACUUGGGAUCGCAGUAGUUCUGUCAUAUGUCCAGGUUCUCUUCUUGUUUCUUCUACUGCCGUUUUGGUUUAUCUACAGCAGGCUGCAGUUCUUCUACAGGUCAACUUCCAGGGAACUGCGAAGGCUUGACAGCGUAACACGCUCUCCAAUUUACUCUUCCUUCACAGAGACGCUGGAUGGAUCAUCAACCAUACGAGCAUUCAAUUCUCAGGAUUUCUUCUGGGCGAAAUUCAUCGAGCAUGUGGCCCUAUACCAAAGGACUUCCCUGUCGGAGUUGAUAGCAAGUUUGUGGCUUUCCCUACGCCUUCAGCUGUUGGCAGCAUUUAUUAUCUCGUUUGUCGCUAUUACGUCAGUCAUUGGAUCUCGUGGCAACUUACCAGUCAGCUUUGGUACUCCAGGACUGGUAGGACUGGCACUCUCUUAUGCAGCUCCAAUCGUAUCUUUAUUAGGAAGUUUCUUGACAAGCUUUACAGAAACGGAGAAGGAAAUGGUAGCAGUGGAGAGAGCUCUUCAGUAUGUGGACAUUCCUGAAGAAGAACUCGGGGGUUGCCAACUGGCGAAUUUAGAUUGGCCAUCUCAAGGGCUGAUAGAAUUUCAGAAUGUUACCCUGAGAUAUGGGCCUACACUGCCACCUGCUUUGCGCAAUCUCACAUUCACCAUACCGGGCGGGAUGCAGGUUGGAGUUGUGGGAAGAACCGGUGCUGGAAAAUCAAGUAUCUUGAAUGCUCUUUUCCGCCUCAACCCAAUAUGUAGCGGCUGCAUUUUGGUGGAUGGUUUGAAUAUAAACAAUGUUCCAGUUCGAGAUCUCCGGUCCAGCUUUGCUGUCGUGCCUCAGAGCCCGUUCUUGUUUGAAGGAUCAUUAAGGGAUAACCUGGACCCGUUUCGCAUGACUGAUGACAUAAAAAUAUGGGAUGUGCUUGAAAAAUGCCAUCUCAAGGAUGAAGUGGAAGCGGCAGGUGGACUGGACCUUCACAUUAAGGAAUCUGGGAUGUCAUUUUCGGUUGGACAAAGGCAACUUCUUUGUCUAGCACGUGCCCUUCUGAAGUCCUCCAAGGUACUCUGCUUGGAUGAAUGCACGGCAAGUAUUGAUACUCGAACAGCUUCCCUCCUACAAAAGACAUUAUCCAGCGGAUGCAAGGGCACGACUGUUAUUACCAUUGCGCACCGCAUUUCUACAGUCCAGGACAUGGACUGUAUACUUGUCCUUGACCAUGGGGUCCUCGUUGAGCAAGGAGACCCCAAAGAUCUUCUGGAAGACGAGUUUUCGAGAUUUUCGAGCUUUGCCAAAGCUUCUACAAUGUGAUGUUCAAGUUAACAUGAGAUUCCUACUACAGUCCCAGCACAUUGCCAGGUUUAACAGGAUGACGAACGUCUCUUGGCAACUUGAUUCGAUCAACAAAAUGUCCUCCAAUCGGCCUGACGAACUUGAGACGACUUUGAUCACAGAAAUGUCUUCUUCUUGUGUCAGGAUAACUGUUGAUUAGGGUCCUGGUUCCUGAAACUUGGUAUAUAUUUUGCAAAGAAGUCGUGUUUCCCGGAACAUGCAAGCGUGCGUUGCAAUAUCUAAUCUAAUCUCAGACAGUACAGGAUGUUUAUUGAAAAUGUUCGAUAUUGCUUCUGCUAGAAUGGUAGCUGCGUGAACACCAAGAGCAGCAUGUAGAAGCUUCUUUUGCGGUAUCAACUGACUAAAAGAUUUAAUUAUC